GGGCGCGGCGCGAAUCGCAAGAGGAGUUGCUCCGCUCGAGGUGUGGGCGCUCGUGCAGCAACGGCAAUAACAGCAGACGACCUCGUCAUCGUCUUCUAUUCUAUCGUCCUCGGUUCGUUGUUUCCGUCUACGUUACCUCGUAAUCGCGUUCGUCGUUUGGCAUACGUCGCGUAUAGGUUGCGUGUGUGCGCACACGGUGCAUAUUCAGUGUGAAUCUAUUUCGUCGCGUGUGCGGUACAGAAAGAGUACCCUAAAGCGAGAGAGAGAGGGAGAGGAAGAAAAAGAAAGAGAGACAGAGCGAGAGAGAAAGAAGGAAAGAGAGAGAAAGAAAGCGUGAAUCGAAGAAAGAAAGAGACAGGGUAGGAGAACGAAACAGAGAGGGGGUGAGAGAGAAAGAGUGUAAGGGAGAGACAGAGAGCAGCUGAGAGAGAAAGAGAUAGAGCGCCGGUGGGUUACCACACCCAACCGCGCCGGGGACCGAGUGAACGAGUGAACGAGCCGUACGAGAGCUCUCUCGCGAGUAGUACGCGGGUACAGCGGGGGACCCAGGGACCGACGAUCGAGAUUCGACGGAGUACAGUCGGGACUCUCUAGAUCUCGAUCCAACGGACCUCGCUCUCGCGAAAUUCGCGUCUCUUACCAGAAUCGUCGAAGUCACGCCGUGAGCAAAGGCUAAACGUGUGCGCGCGUGUCUCCCCCGCUUCCUCGACGUCUCUCGCGAGUGCGUUUCACGUUUCGUCGCAGAACGUGCGUGCGUGAAUAAAGAAUAAGAAAAACGAGAAAAAAGAAGCAUAAAAAAAAAAUAUAGAAAGAAGCGGGAGAGUAAAGCUAGAGAGAGAAUUGAAGAAGAUUGAAAAAGAAAAAGAAGGGAAGGAAAAGCGAGAGGGCAGACACAAGCUACCGGCCGAGGUUCGUGCGUGUGCGUACAUGUGUUGAUGUGUCGCUGGCGUCGUCGAGCCCUGCCAGGAGUGCUCCGUCGCCGCGUGUGCCGACGUCGUUGAGAAUACGGGGAUUUCGGAGACGCGACUAUCAAGUCUACAUUUACAUCUACGUUGUCGUCGUCCUCAUACACGUUAUCGUCGUCGUCGUCGUCGUCGUCGUCAGCGUGGACAAGUGCUAGUGAUUCGUGCUAGUGGCGGUAGUGGUGGUGCAGACGAUCGGUUUCAUCGGCUUAACCAGAACGAAAAGGAAGGAAGAAGAGAAGGAAACCACGAGGACGGCGACGAGACGUCGUCGCUCGUUCGCGGUGGCAAGGUAAUAUCGGCCCGACGACGAUAUCGUGCCGUCGAGCCCGCUGCUGUCUACGACAAACCUCGCCGCUCGGCAAUCGCUCGCUACCACCGCAAAUCGCUUGUUCCCUCUCUCCCUUCCUCCCUCCCUCUCCUCCCUCCUUCUCCUUUUCCUCCUCCUCCUCGUCCUCUUCCUCCUCAUUUUUCUCCUCUCUUCCUCCUCCAUCUAUCGAGGAUCCUGCCGUCCUGAGCUAUGGCGUGCUGCCUGUCGGAAGAGGCGAGGGAGCAGAAACGAAUCAAUCAGGAGAUCGAGCGGCAACUCCGAAAGGAUAAACGAGAUGCCAGGCGGGAACUUAAGCUGCUACUUUUGGGUACUGGUGAAUCCGGCAAAUCCACCUUUAUUAAACAGAUGAGAAUCAUCCACGGGUCUGGUUACUCGGAUGAUGACAAGAGGGGGUUCAUCAAACUCGUAUACCAAAACAUUUUCAUGGCCAUGCAGUCCAUGAUCCGAGCGAUGGACCUCCUCAAGAUCCAGUACACCGAAUCUUCGAAUAUAGAAAAAGCAGAACUUGUGCGAAGCGUGGACUUCGAAACGGUUACAACGUUUGAAAGCCCAUACGUAGAGGCAAUUAAAGAUUUAUGGGCAGAUGCUGGUAUCCAGGAGUGUUAUGACCGCAGGCGAGAAUAUCAGCUCACAGAUUCCGCUAAAUAUUACCUAUUGGAGAUAGAUCGAGUCGCAGCACCAGACUACCUCCCAACAGAACAGGACAUUCUUCGCGUGAGAGUACCCACUACUGGUAUAAUUGAAUAUCCCUUUGACUUGGAAGAAAUUCGAUUUAGUUAUCUUAGUGACCUAGACCGUAUUGAAAAGCCUGACUUCCUUCCUACUGAACAAGAUAUUCUUCGGGCUCGAGCUCCUACUACUGGCAUUAUAGAAUAUCCGUUUGAUCUGGACUCCAUCAUAUUUAGGAUGGUAGACGUCGGUGGACAGAGAUCAGAAAGAAGGAAGUNGAUUCAUUGUUUCGAAAAUGUUACUUCUAUUAUCUUUUUAGUAGCUUUAAGUGAAUAUGAUCAAAUUUUGUUUGAGUCAGAAAAUGAGAAUCGAAUGGAAGAAAGUAAGGCAUUGUUCAAAACAAUUAUUACAUAUCCUUGGUUCCAACAGUCCUCUGUUAUUCUUUUCCUAAAUAAGAAAGAUUUGCUCGAAGAGAAGAUUAUGUAUUCUCACCUUGUUGACUAUUUCCCGGAAUAUAAUGGCCCUAAACAGCAAGCUGUACCAGCCAGGGAAUUCAUCUUACAGGUGUAUCUUAGUACGAAUCCUGAUCCUGACCGCAUGUGCUACUCUCACUUCACGUGUGCGACAGGCCCACAAAGAGAUGCCAUACCUGCUAGAGAAUUCAUUUUACAGAUGUUUGUCGACUUGAAUCCUGAUAUUGAGAAGAUUAUAUAUUCACAUUUUACGUGUGCCACAGAUACAGAAAACAUCAGAUUUGUAUUUGCAGCAGUGAAAGACACCAUUCUACAAUUAAACUUAAAAGAAUAUAAUCUGGUUUAGAUGGCAAUACAUAAAAUUCAGGAUGGACUUAAGAAUUUUUCUUAUACCCUGACCAAGGUAUCAGUGUGAACUCUGUUAAGUUAGAAAUGGAGAAGAGACGAAAAAAGCAGAAAAUGAAUAGUAAUUUAUGGUGCCAUCAACAUUGUCGCUGCUCCAUUACAAGUGUACCAACUAUUGAUUAGUAAAAUUUAUAACGGAGGUAACAGCGAUGAACAAAUAUGGACCUAAAUCUGAGCGUUAUACGUUCUUUCCUAACCUUCUCACUGUCAAUACCAACAAAUUGAUUUAGUUUCAUACUCUAUUUGUUGAAUUUAUUACCUUUUUAUAGAUUAGUUUAGUCAAUCAUGCCUGGCUGACUGCGUAAUCGUCUAAUUUUUAUAUAAUGAUACCAUGAGCAACACAUAAAUAAACAUAUAAGAUAGAGUGCAGCCAUGCGAUACAAUGUCUGUCCAAGUGUUCAUCUCAAAUCGAGAGAUCUCAGCAAGAAACUGAAGAGAAGAAGGACAAAUACUUUUUAAUCACAAAUAGUCAGUGACACAAGUGAGAGCAAUUCUAGUGCCAUUUACUAGUGUGGUGUUUUUAUUGCAGUCCCUUCUUAGAUGCAAAAAGCCAAAGUGUUUUUUUAUCUGUGCCAGAAGCAAGUAAAAAUUUUUUCUGCAUGUGACUCAAAUUCAUAAUUCAUCGUAUAAAUAUUGUUAUAUAUAAUAUAUAAAAUGAAAAAUAGGUUAGCAUUGAAAAAAGCAACAUAAAACCAACAAGAAGGAAACUUUACCACCCUUCAAUAUUAAGAAAUUAUUAGAAAACAUCUGUUUGAUGUGAUUUUAGGUAAUUAGGAGUUGAAAGGUUGCAGAUUCUUCUGCUGUCUUUUUUCUCCAUAGGCUGUGUACGGAAUGUGAGGGCUGCGAUCUCAUACCAUACAAUUAUAAUCCUGCAAGUUACAAACGACGUAAAAGUCGUUUAUCAUGAUACUUUUCCUUUCAUCCAGCCCUCGCUUAUUGACACAGCAUUGUGUAGCUAGGGACAUGGUUUAAGAACAUGUGGCCCUAGUUCACAUUGUAUCCACAUUACAGUGUAUGUAUGAACUGCUCACUGCCUGCGCUCGCUCAUGCUGGCUAGCGCGCUGCCCACUGCUUGUAUUCUCUAAUGGUUCAAUAAAUUGCUGUUUGUGUCAUUUUUUAAUGUUCUAAGGAAAGAACAUUUGUAUAAAGAUGAUAGAAACUGCUUUGCAUAAACCUAGAGAAUACUUGCACAAUUGACAGUGUUAGUCAGUGAAUUAGGGUGUGACAUUUAGAUAUAUAUAAUCUGAAUGUCUAACCCUGAUGUUACUAACACUGCACGCACACUGGGCAGCAUAUGUCAUACCUACUUUGGUUGAAACAUUGAGUUUAUAUGAAAGAAAAAAUAUAUAAAUACAUUGAAUAAAAUAUAAUAUUAAGAGAUAAUAACAAAUAAUAUUGAAUAAUAAUAGUAAUAAUAAUAAUAAUUAAUAAUAUUAAUAAUAAUAAUAUUAAUAAUAAUAUUAAUAAUAAUAAUAAUACUGCUUGGUUUUCAGUGAGAGUGUAUAAUUAAAAAGAAUGAAUGACAAUGAAAGAGAGGAAAUAAAUGUGUAUUCUCUCAAACUGAGAAAAAAUGAUAGUAAAAGUGAAAGAAAGAAAAAGAAA